AUGUCAAAGAAGGUAGGCUUGGGAUUAAAACGGAGUAGUAGGGUCAAGUGGGAAGAUGUUAACGCCAUUUUCGAUAGAAGAAUUAGAACGGGAGUCAUAAUAAAUUUGCAGCACAAAGAAAUUAAAGCUUUUUUAAGGGACGCCUAUCAUACAUUUAAAAUUAGAGUCAAUAAGAUUUUAAAAGUUAUGCCAAUGCUUAAAAUAAAUACAACUUUUUGGGGAGAUUUCAUAAAACAGUCUGACGAUCAGGAAUUAGUAGAUAGAAAGUAUUUCAUCACUCCAAAUGCCGCUGUGGACGCAGGAACGAAUUUAUUAGAUUGGUUUAAUAAUAACGUAGUUGAUGUAAUCUUAAAUAAUUUGUCUGAAUUUUCAGAGAAAAAUAGUGGGUGGGCACUUAGUAAAAUAAUUUUGUUGGAAGUAGCUAUAAAUAAAUACGAGGUGGGAAAUGGUUCGUCUUACAUUAAGUUAACAAAACAAAUUUCAGAUAAAAAAGCUUGCAUUAAUAUUAAAAAUACCGAUCAGGCCUGCUUUUAUUGGUCCAUUAUUAGUGCUCUUUAUCCUCCUACAGGAAACGUAUUACGCACAUCUUCGUAUCCUAAUUAUAAAACUAUUCUAAAUACAAAGGGUUUGGAAACUGCGAUGCCAUUAAACCAAAUUUCAAAAUUUGAAAAACUUAACCGAAUUUCGGUAAACGUUUACACAUUAGAAUUAAACGAAUCAAAAAAUAGUUCAUCUUAUGUAGUAGUACCUGCUCUGUUGACAAAAAAUAAACUAGAAAAACAUGUGAAUUUAUUAUUAAUACAAGAUCGGUAUUUUCCGAAACUAAAUGAUUACGAAGCGCCACCUGUUGAUAAUGAAAACGUAGAAAUAAAGUAUCAUUAUUGUCAGAUUAAAGACAUGUCAAGAUUAAUUUCAAGACAACUCAAUAAAAAUCAUAAUAAAAAAUUAAUUUGUGACAGAUGUCUAAAUUACUUUUCUAGUCAAGAGAAGUUGGAUGAACAUGAAAAACUUUGUCAAAAUAUUAACAACUGUAAAAUUUCAUUUCCUUAUUUUGAUUAUGUAGAGUUUAGAAAUUACGUGUAUAAACAGAAAUGCCCAUUUGUUAUUUAUGCAGAUUUUGAGUCAGAGUUGGAAAGCUGUAAUGAUGAGGUUUCUGAAAAAACUAAAAAAUAUCAAAAACACCGAGCUUUUAGUGCAGGCUACUACCUAAAAUGUUCAUAUGAUGAUAGCCUUUCUUAUUUUAAUAGCUACAGAGGGGGCGAUUGCAUGCAAUGGUUUGCAGACCAAUUGUCAAAUAUAGCUAAAUUUGUUGAAUCAAAAAUGAAAAAUAUCGUUCCAAUGGUAGAGAAACCUAGUGCUAUUAAUGCUAAGGUAUGCCACAUAUGCGAAAAGCCUUUUAAUGAUAAAGAUAUCGUCGUUCGCGAUCAUGACCACUUCAGUUCAUUAUUCAGAGGUUGGGCCCAUCAGGCAUGCAAUUUGAACUUUAGAAAAUUGUUUGUCGUUCCAAUCGCCUUCCAUAACCUUUCAGGGUAUGAUAGUCAUUUUAUUAUAAAAGAUAUAGCCAAACGGGGUAGAGUGAGCAUACUUCCCGUCAAUAUGGAAAAAUACAUUUCUUUUACACAAUACGAUUCAGAAACUAGCAUUAAAUUUAGAUUUAUCGAUUCAUAUAGGUUUAUGGGAGUAGGCCUAGAUGAACCAGUAUCUACUUUAAGAGCAGAAGACUUACAAAUUUUAAAAAAGGAAUUUUGCGAUUUAGAUGAAGAAAAAUUCAAACUUUUAACAAAGAAGGGUGUUUUUCCAUAUGAUUACAUUAACAACUUAGAUAAAUUGAACGAUACGCAUUUACCAUCCAAAGAACAAUUUUACAAUAAACUGAAUGAUGAGGAUAUUAGUGAUGAGAAGUAUGCUCAUGCACAAAAUGUUUGGCAGCAAUUCAAAAUUAAGAACUUGGGUGAAUAUAGCGAUUUGUACAUGCGCACAGAUAUCCUUCUUCUUGCUGACGUCAUGGAAAAUUUUCGAAAAACUGCUUUAAAAACGUACGACUUGGAUCCUGCAUGGUAUUACACCAUGCCUGGAUAUACGUGGGAUUGUAUGCUAAAGUAUACAAAGUGUAAAUUACAAAUUCUCAAAGAUGUUGAUAUGAUAAUGUUUAUUGAAAAAGGUAUAAGGGGCGGAAUAUCGGUUUGUUGUAACCGAUACGCCGAAGCCAAUAAUCAGUAUAUGGAGACAUACGAUCCUACAAUACCAACAAAGUACCUGUUUUACCUAGACGUUAAUAACCUCUACGGUUGGGCCAUGUCUCAGUACCUACCUUAUGGAGGGUUCAAAUGGGUCGACACUAACAUCGACGUCACUCAAAUACCUGACGAUGCAUCAGAAGGCUAUAUUCUCCAAGUUGAUUUGGAGUACCCCGAAACGCUGCACGAUUUACACAAGGACUUUCCAUUUUGUGCCGAACACCGCGUUCCGCCUGGUUCAAAAUUACCUAAACUAAUGACCACCCUUUAUAACAAAGAAAACUACAUUUUGCAUUAUAGAAAUUUAAAGCAAGCUUUAGCACAUGGUCUUAUACUUAAGAAAAUUCAUAAAGUUUUAAAAUUCAAACAAUCUGCGUGGCUGAAGCCCUAUAUUGAGUUGAAUACUCGGUUGAGGGCUGCAGCUACCAGUUCUUUUGCCAAGAACCAGUUUAAACUAGCAAACAACGCUGUGUUUGGUAAAACAAUGGAAAAUAUUCGUCUUCACAGAGUGGUUAAGCUAAUAAGCUCAUAUGAUGGUCGAUACGGGGCUAAAAAUUUAAUAUCUAAUCCGAGAUUUCACAACCGAACAAUUUUCGAUCAUAAUUUGAUGGCUAUAGAAUUAAAAAAGGCUGAGCUCGUUUUCAAUAAACCUCUGUAUAUUGGUAUGGCUAUUUUAGAUAUUUCAAAAACAUGUAUGUACGAUUUUCAUUAUUCUUUUCUGCUUCCAACAGUGGGGGUAGAUAAUUGUGGUAUCGAUCCAAAAUUCAAUCUUUAUAAAAAACCACGAUUUGAUGAUACAAUUAGAAAAGAAGAAUAUCGAUCCUAUAGUCCAUACGUUAAAUCGUUCAACAACAGUGACGUCAUUGAAUUUAUCAUAAAUCAAUCUGAUGCAUUUUUCGCCAUGCCUGACACUCUAUUGGAAAUUAAAGGAAAAUUGGAAAUUACUGGCGGGGGAAAAUGUGAAUUAGCACCCAAUUUUGGAGCGUUUCUUUUCGAUAGCUGUUCCUACAGCGAAUGCUCUAGAGAAAUAGAAGUCGUUAGAGAUCCUGGAAUCGUAAGCACCGUACGAGCCUUAACAUGCUAUGGACCGGAAUACAGUCGUUUCAUGAGUAUUGCGGGAUGGAAUUAUCCCGAUACCCCGCUUCUGAAUGGUUCAAAACAUUUCAAUUUGCUUAUGCCUCUUAAACACAUUUUCAACGUUUUCAAUGAUUAUACUAUGAUUACCUAUGGUAGACAAACAUUUCGUUUAGUUCGAUCACGUAACGAUAAUGAUUGUGUCAUUGUCACAGAGCAGCCUAUAACCGGAGGUAGUGGUAUGACCUCUACAACCGUUAAAUUGAUAAUUGAAAGUAUGGAAGUAAAAAUUAAACAUAUCUUCCCUAAUGACGAAAUUAAAAUUAAACUUAUGGAACCCAUCAAAAAUGAUCGCCCUAUAUUGAUUCCGUUUAGAAACUGGGAAUUAAAUGAACUACCAUCAAUAACUAAAGAUUCUAAACGAGAAAUUUGGGCCGUAAAGACUAGUGCUGCCGUAGAACGUCCACGAUAUAUAUUAGUUUGCUUCCAAACUGACAGGCGGAAUAAACUAAGUAGCGACCCCACUAAAUUUGAUAAUGUUAACCUAACCGGUGUUAGAGUAUCUCUAAACGGGGAAUAUUGGCCAAACGAACGAAUGCUUUUAGAUUUUAAAGAAGACGACUAUGCUAUUGCUCACUACAACUACACAGAAUUUAAUGCAAACUAUAUAACCGGUACACCGAAAACGGCUCUUCUAAACUAUUAA